UGAUUUUUUUUUUUUUUUUCCUAAAUAGUUCAAGGCUUUUAUUUAAUAAAUAUGUAAUUUAAAGACUAAAUAAUAAAAAUAAUAGUAGCAAUAUUAAUAAAGAAACAAAAUCAUGGAUGUGAUCGAUAAGCAGUCAACAUUUCCUCAAACAGAAAGAAUGGAUAGUAUUGGAAAAGAUUGCAAUCCACUCAAGCACAAGUACGAUGAUUGUUUUAACAAGUGGUAUUCUGAACAGUUUUUAAAUGGAAAUUGGACUACUCCAAAUGGUCAACCUUGUUCUGAGUUGUUCACCGAAUACAAAGCAUGUGUUGUGAAAACUUUGAAUAAUAAGAACAUAGACAUUGAUGAAGUGCUAAAAACUGUUCUUGGUACUAAUUCAGAAAUGCAACCUCCACAUUCACCUGAUGCCUAA